AUGUCUUGGGACCGUCUUAUCCGUUUCGUCGACGACAACGACGUGGAGCACUUCGGUGAGCCCCAGGUCCAGGACGAAUCCGAGUUCACGGCGCUCCUUGAUAAGAACGACCUGUGGGCCGUCGUGUACGACGGCGCCAGCCCCGUCUCGCCCCUGACCAAGGGUGAGCGCGUCCACGUCAAGGCCCUGAGGCCUCUCUUGACCCCCAAGGAUGUCCCGAUCAUCCGCUGCAUUGGUCUGAACUACGUCAAGCACAUCUUAUCUGACAUCCGAGUUGCAGUCAAGGAGGGUGGCCGGACACCGCCCCCUUACCCCUCCGUCUUCAUCAAGCCUGCGACAUCCGUGGCCGCGUGGAACGAGGAUGUUCCGAUCCCCAAGGUUGCCCAAGACGGGACGGUGGACUACGAAGGCGAACUGGCCUUCGUGAUUGGGAAGACGGGCAAGAACAUCCCCAAAGAACAAGCCCUCGAGUACGUCGCGGGCUACCUGACGGCCAACGACGUCUCGGCGCGGGCGUGGCAGCGGGACCCGGCCAAGGCCGGCGGCGUGCCCCAGUGGUGCUUCAGCAAGGGCUUCGACAAGUUCGCCCCCUUCAGCCCGGUGCUCGUGUCGCCGGCGGUGGUCGGGAACGCCAGCGACCUCACCCUCCAGACGUUUGUCAACGGCGAGGAGAGGCAGAACGAGAGCACGGGCGACCUGCUCUUCGGCGUCGAGGAGAUCGUCAGCUUCAUCAGCCAGGGCACGACGCUCGAGGCCGGGACCGUCGUGCUGACGGGCACGCCGUCGGGCGUCGGCAUGGGGAUGAAGCCGACGGGGUACCUGAAGGACGGCGAUGUUGUCGAGGUCAGGAUAAGCAAGCUGGGCGGUGUGAAGAACAAGAUGGUAUUUGAGUAA